CUUCAGCCCCGGUUGCUGAGCUGCAGGAGCGUCACAGACACCCGCACCGCUCCCGCACGUCACCGCCUCCGUUCUAUUUAUUCCAUGGACAGCCUUAUAUUUUCUUAGUACAUUUAGUGUAAUGAAUAUUUAUAUUUGUAUUGUUGUAUAGACAGAUUUAUAUAGAAAUAUACAGAAGUAUAGAAGCCUGUUUAUUGCAGAAGGGACCCGCAAUCAUGGCUCAGCCGCAAAAGUUUUUUGAGAACCUGUCAGGAGUCGGGAAAGCGAUCGGUGUCCUGACCAGUGGGGGAGAUGCCCAAGGUAUGAAUGCAGCUGUCCGUGCUGUGGUUCGAAUGGGAAUCUAUGUAGAAGCCAAAGUUUACUUCGUUCAUGAGGGUUAUCAAGGAAUGGUCGAUGGUGGAGACAAUAUUAUUGAAGUGUCAUGGGAGAGUGUAUCAAGCAUUCUACAAGUGGGAGGGACUGUCAUUGGCAGUGCUCGUUGCAAAGCAUUUCGUACCCGUGAAGGCCGGUUGCAGGCGGCUUACAAUCUGAUCCAGCGUGGGAUCACAAAUCUUUGUGUCAUUGGUGGAGAUGGUAGCUUGACCGGGGCUAACCUUUUUCGUACAGAAUGGAGUGGACUUCUAGAAGAACUGGUGAAAAACGGAAAAAUUGAAGCUGCAGCCGCAAAGGAACACUCCCAUCUCAAUAUAGUAGGAAUGGUGGGUUCUAUAGACAAUGACUUCUGCGGAACUGACAUGACAAUCGGAACUGACUCAGCUUUGCAUAGAAUUAUUGAGGUUGUGGAUGCAAUCAUGACCACCGCUCAGAGCCAUCAAAGAACCUUUGUUUUGGAAGUCAUGGGAAGACACUGUGGGUAUCUGGCAUUGGUCAGUGCUUUAGCUUGUGGAGCUGACUGGGUAUUCAUACCUGAGAGCCCUCCAGAGGAAGGUUGGGAGGACAAUAUGUGUGUGAAACUUUCUGAGAACCGCGCAAGAAGGAAAAGACUGAAUAUCAUUAUUGUCUCAGAAGGCGCCAUCGAUUGUCACAACAACCCAAUCACUUCAGAAAAGAUUAAGGAUCUUGUAGUCUCACGUCUUGGGUUCGAUACGAGAGUAACUAUCUUGGGCCAUGUGCAGAGAGGUGGAACACCUUCAGCCUUCGACAGAAUUCUUGCCAGUAGGAUGGGGGUAGAAUGUGUCUUGGCCCUGCUUGAAGCCACCCCAGAGACGCCCGCCUGUGUGGUAUCUUUAUGUGGAAACCAAGCUGUCCGCCUGCCUCUCAUGGAAUGUGUGCAGAUGACUCAAGAAGUCCAGAAGGCGAUGGAUGAAAGAAGAUUCGAAGACGCUGUAAGGCUGCGUGGAAGGAGUUUCGAGAACAACCUCAACACAUACAAACUCCUCUCCCAUAAGAAAAAUAUAUCUGAACUUCCAAAGAGUAACUUCAAUGUGGCUGUGUUGAACGUGGGCGCUCCUGCUGCUGGAAUGAAUGCUGCCGUCAGAUCUGCCGUGAGGGUGGGAAUCACUGAAGGACACAAAAUGUUCGCUGUAAAUGAUGGUUUUGAAGGAUUUGCCAAGGGACAGAUUCAAGAGAUAAAAUGGGGAGGUGUUGGCGGCUGGACCGGCCAAGGGGGAUCUCUCCUGGGCACCAAAAGAACUUUACCUGCAAAAUAUUUUGAUCAGAUUGCUGAACAGAUACGUGCAAAUAACAUCAAUGCUUUUCUUGUCAUCGGGGGGUUCGAGGCCUACUUGGGACUGAUGGAACUGACUGUUGCCCGAGGGAAAUAUGAUGAAUUCUGUAUCCCAAUGGUUAUGGUCCCUGCUACUGUCUCCAACAAUGUGCCGGGUUCAGAUUUCAGCAUUGGCGCAGAUACUGCUCUGAACACUAUAACAGAUGCUUUUGAGAGUUUGCUGCAGUUAGCUGAGGCUCGGGGCAUCUAUGAAGAGUUUUGCAUCCCCAUGUGCAUUGUGCCCGCCACCAUAAGCAACAAUGUCCCUGGCACUGACUUAAGUCUUGGCGCUGACACUGCACUCAAUGCCAUUAUGCAGACUUGUGACCGCAUCAAACAAUCUGCCAGCGGAACGAAGAGACGAGUCUUCAUCAUUGAGACUAUGGGAGGAUACUGCGGCUACCUGGCCAACAUGGGAGGUCUUGCUGCCGGUGCCGAUGCAGCCUACGUCUUUGAGGAGCAAUUUGACAUUCGUGAGCUCCAGGCAAAUGUAGAACAUUUAACGGCAAAGAUGAAGACUGACAUCCAGAGGGGCCUUGUUCUGAGGAAUGAAAACUGCAACGAAAACUACACAACAGACUUCAUUUAUCAGCUCUAUUCUGAGGAAGGGAAAGGAGUGUUCGACUGUAGAAAGAAUGUACUGGGCCACAUGCAACAGGGCGGAGCUCCUUCACCAUUCGAUAGAAACUUUGGAACAAAAAUCUCAGCCAAAGCUGUUCAGUGGAUCUCCAGGAAGCUGAAAGAAACCUACAGAAAGGGCAAAGUAUUUGCUAACACGGAAGACAGUGUAUGUCUACUAGGGAUGCGCAGGCGAGCUCUUCUCUUCCAGCCAGUAAUGCAACUCAGAGACGAAACUGACUUCAAACACAGAAUUCCAAAAGAGCAGUGGUGGCUGAAACUGAGACCAUUGAUGAAAAUUCUGGCCAAGUAUAAGACCAGCUAUGACAUUUCUGAUGCUGGGCAGCUGGAACACGUUCACGUGCCCAUACGUAAAGCGGCAGAAGCAGGAGCCAUCUAAUGCUACAGACGCCGUCACCAUGCCUCGUAUCAUAGCCUGUCUCCAUUUCCAUUGUGUGCUUUACUGCUUUAUUAUAUAACUGUUAGGUUUUAUCUUUUUUUAAUUUAAGUUAUAUUGUUUCAGCACUUUAUGUCCAUGCAAUUUCUAGGUUAUGUCUAAAAAUAGAUAAAUAGUCAUAAGAAUAUUAUGAAUGAAAUUGUAUGGAGAAGACAUCACAGCUCACUCUCUAGUUUGUUUUACUUUUCUUUCCAAAUGUUUUGCCACAGAUGUGAAUGGGCUGCAAUGUUCCCUGUGUGUUGUGUGUAAUUACAUUACAGUAUAUUACACCUAGUAUUGGAGAUGUAAUGGACUCAUUUAUAUGUGCUUUAUCUGUAUUUCUUUCCUCAGUGACAUGUUGCAGGAUUACAUUUAUGUGAUGUAAUAAAGAAACAUUGGAAAACA